AUGGCCGGCAAAGGCCCACAUUGUUCAUUCGUUCUUCUCGCCGAGUUUGACAUUGAUAGUGGUGCCCAACUCACAUACCAGUUUCCUCAGCCGCUGGGAACAGACGAGGGUUUACUUGCAAAUCUUAUGCUUCCAGAUGGGGCGGAGAGGCACCUUGAAGAUUGGACCAUCUUCUUCCUCAAUCAGACGCCGUUCAAUACCAUUGCACCAUCAAACGGAGAGGACGGAAGCCCGGAACUGCUAUAUGUCCUCAACCUGGUGCGGACGAAGCAUGACAAGUCAGUUCGGAGAGGUGCCGUAGUGAAAGCGAUGGCUAUUUGCACACGACAUCCAUUUAUCCAAAUCUUUAAGCCCGUUCUCCUCCUCGCACUUGACGACUAUUUUGCAAACCCGUCCCAAGAAUGUCUUGCGCGUCUAUUUGAUGCGAUUAACUCGAUGAACAUCAGUGCUGCGCCAACACUUACACGAUGUGAAAAACUAAUUAUGCGCGCCUCGAAGCGCAAAGACAUCUUUGCGGAGAAGUUAUCCACUCAUAUACCCCCGCUUCCUCUCAAAGCUGCACACAAGACGACAGGCUCGAAUGGUUCACAUUCAUCUGAAGACGGGCUGCCUCUUGAUCCUAACCCUACCCGCCCAUCCUCUCCGUCGGACAGCUCAUUCAGCCUUGGUGGGAGUGCGGUAUGGGUGAAUGAUGACAGUGUCCUAAUUGAUGGUCAAGUAGGUGUUGCAAUAGUGAGCGGCAGCAGUGUUCUUACUAGCCGCGGGCGGCGUAGCACUGAUACAAGCUCGAACUCGAGCCACGCCUACAGCGGUGGCGCAAUACCCACAUCAUCCGACCCACAUUUGCGGUCGGGGAUAUCCAAAGAUACCCAUUUCUUUCAGACAAGCAUUGCAUACAAAGGACAUACCCUGCCAAUCAAAUUGCCUCUGGCCACCUUUCCUGAGGAAGUCGGAGAGUAUUCCCUAAUACAACUAAUACAAACGUUUUCUGCACCUCUCAUCACGAUCUCCGGCCCACUACACCCACAUCUACACACGAACGGAAUUCUCACCCACCCAAUAAUAAUUCUCUUUAAUGCGCUUGUUACUGGCAAACGCAUCCUCUUCCUUGGACAUAAUAUUCCUGCUGGACAAGUCGCCAAUUACGUCCUGUCUGCUUGCGCCCUGGGUUCUGGAUGUGGUGCGGUACUACGAGGAUUCAUUGAGCGAUCAUUUCCUUACGCAGGACUUGCGGGCGGCGAGGACUGGGUUACAAUGCCGGCAUACAUAGCAGGCGUAACUAAUCCUAUCUUCGAAACCAGUGGAUCCUGGGAUCUCUUGAUGGACAUCGGUACAGGUCGUGUUGUCGUGCACAAGGACAUACAUACAUCUUUCCCGGCUACGAUGGCACCACCUGCACUUGUCAACCUAACGAUGCCACGUCCAAUAAAGGCGGAAAACUCGACCGGGAGCGAGGACGACAUCCAGCGUAUCGCAACUCGAGACGGGAAGGACGGGAACCAGAAGAGCGAGUUCGCGGCGAAGCAAGACAACUUGGAUAACAUGUUCAUCGAGGAUCUGAUUUCAGCAAUCACCUCCCACUUCGGGGAGACGCUGGUGCGGAUGCGAUUCACGGAGUACGUCGCGCGCUUCGUUAGGCUGGCAUCGCGGUACGAGGAGCUCGCUAUGGGAUCUACAAAGCUUGGAUAUGGUAGCGCACCAUUUUCGGACGGGUCCCUAGGCAGCGGUAUCGUGUUUCCAGACGAGGGAGCUGCAUUUAAGGAGCUUACUGCGAACGCAAGUCGGAUUGAGGGUUGGCGAAGGAACAAGUCCUAUCAAUACUGCGUCCAGGAUUUCAAAAAACUUCGAGCAUCCGCUGCUAUCCAGGGAUUCGACGUAUCACAUCAACUUUUAAGAUUGCGGCUGGUGAAGAACUUACCGGACGCGGAAGUCGAGGUCAUCGUGCGUUCAAUAGCAGACAACUUGCGGACAUACGAACAAAUAGUCGAGCUGCUCACUUUUAUGCCACCACAUUCCGGAGGGUUACAGCCUCUGAGUUUUUGCCUAUUUCACCACCAAGAAUCUAUUCGGGAAGCCACUGUUGAUAUCUUCAACGAGCUGCGUCAGAACCCCGUUGGGGUGAUUUUUCUGCAAUCUCUGAAUCACUUCCAGAGGUAUGCCUAUGUUCGGCAGGCGCACGCUCGUGAAUCACGCACAAAGGAUGUGAGCCAUGGUCUGGCCCCACCACCUCACUUGGUAUCACGGACGCCGUCCAACCGCAGUGAAGUCAGUCUAGGGGGGAUGUGA